AUCGCACUUUUGCAUACAAUAUCGAAAGCGCCAGAGACGCAAAUCCGACCGUUCAGCCGCGACCGCCUCGAAAUCAGCAUGCCGGCUCCGUCGAAUACCCUCCUGAUCGAGGGCUCUUUCGAGGAGCUCUCAGACGAACUCGCACAGUACAUCGACAGUCUGCGAAAGGCCCAAAAUGUGGAGGGCGGCCCCAUACAACCGGAAGUGAGCAGCCUGGUGCAGGAGAAGAAGACGGAGGAUGCGCUCAAGAAGCUGGUCGGCGCCGCUUCGAUACUCAAUGCAGCGCCGGAAAAGGACAUUGUCGCGGCGUACAAUCUACUUAUACACAUUAUACGACAAGCACCAAAGCCGGAGAUGUUCCUUAACAGAAUAUGUCAAUACCUGUCGAAGCCAAUCACUUCAUCGCCGCAGAACGGCACCGGUCUCGCACUUUCCAUCCUUAGCACCAUCUUCAACACCGUACCAGCGGACAACGAGGCGCGUUUCCACAUUUUCCGGGCUAUACUCUCGGUCGUUAAGAAUUCAGGUAACUUUGAGACGCUUAAGCCGCAACUGAAGAAUCUGGAUCAGUGGAUCGCGCAAUGGGACAUCGACGCUGAAGAGCAGAGACAGUUGUUUUUGGAAAUUUCCGAAACAGCGGAGGCCUCGGGGGAGACCGAUGAUAGCUACGAGUACCUCAUCAGGGCACUGCGGACAAUACCUGCGGACGAGGCGUCGAGCGAAGAGGCGCAAAAGUUGUCACAACAGGCGUUGAAGGCCGCUUUGCUUCAUCCCGCACAUUUCGACUUUGAAGAUCUCAAUUCGCUGGACGCCGUCCAGGCGCUCAAGAACUCUGACGCCGUCGCCUUCGAACUGCUCGAAAUCUUCACGGCCGACAAUCUGGAAAGUUUCAACGACUUCAAGACCGAGCAUGACGGCUGGCUAGAAUCGCACGGUCUUGACGAGGCUGUCCUAGACAGGAAAAUGCGCCUUCUUACGUUGGCGUCCCUUGCGGCACACGAGAACCAGAAACGCACGCUCUCGUACACGCAGAUUGCAAAGGCUCUGCAAGUGCCUGAGGACGAAGUGGAGAUGUGGGUCAUCGACGUGAUCCGCGCCGGUCUCGUCGAGGGCAAGCUUUCGCAGCUGAACCAACAGUUCCUCAUCCACCGCAGCACAUAUCGAGUGUUUGGCGAGAAGCAGUGGCAGGAGGUCUCGGCCAGGUUAGACAUGUGGCGGUCCAGUCUCACGGAGAUCCUAGGCGUGAUUCGCGCUGAGAAGGAAAAUUUCCUUCAGCAAAAGGAGCAGGAGCUGAAAGAGGCGGAGGCGAAGGCUAGCGGCGCCGGCGAGGGAGAGAAAGAGCGAGGUGGCCGUGGCGAGGGUCGCGGAGGCUUCCGAGGUGGUCGAGGCAGAGGUGGAGGUGCGGCUGGCAAUCGGGAAGCCGCUGCGCCUCCCCCCGCAGCAACUGAGAUUGAAUCGGAGGCAUGAGGAAGCGGGAGAUGAUCGUUGACGAUUGUUGCGUUCGCAUGGCAUUCUACGGUUGGGUUAUGCGGAAAUAUGAAAAGCUACCAUAACAUUCAUACAAGGACAGGAUUCUAGAUUGCCUGGUAACGGCGUGAAUAUCAUGGUAGAUACAAUAACUAUGCAAAGUAAAUUAUGUGCCAAGGGGAUUUGAGGACCAUGAUAGCAUCAACCAAAACCGCAAUGGAAAUACAUCCAUAUUCGAAGCAGCUCUAACGUGCUUUGCUUGGGCUUGCAUAUUUCUGCAAUCCAGACUGAAUUUUCGCUG